AUGGACGGCUUCGUGGGGAGCUUGGUCCCCCCAGAUCUUUCUUGGAAAGGCUAUGGGAUGGGGAGUGACUGGGUGAUCCAGGAAGACUUCCUGGAGGAGGUGGCAGUCAUCUUGUCCAAAGACCUACGUGAUCAGAAGGAGCCCACCUGGAGAAGGGUGUUCCAGGCGGGAUUUGUGGUCUUUGUCCUCAUGGCCCAAGAUGGCAGCUGUGGGUACAGCAGUUUCGUCUCCAUUCCAGGCACGAAGACCGAGAGCCGAGGGAUCGUGGACAGCCUGCAGAGGUUCUCCUCGCUCCCUGCCUACCUGCCCACGAGCCUGCGCAUCGCUGACGCGGAGGAAGCCUUCUUCCUUAAAGAGGCCAACCAGGACGUCACGAGGAACUCCAGUCUGCAGGCCCGGGUGGAGUCACUGUUCAUCUACCGGGCCCGGAGCCCCCCGACCGUCAACGCCAGCUACGGCCCGUUUUCAGCGGAGAAGCCCAUCCCCCAGGACCUCUUGUUGACCUCCACGUCCUUCGGAAACACGGAGAAGUUUCCCUUCAACUGGAAGCUGAAAUCUCACAUCCUCGACAGCUCCGUCUACUCCAACAGGCCCAAGGUGCAGACGCUGUUCUACGUGACUGGGACGCACUGGGAUGACGGCGACCCCGAGGAAGACCUCCCGUGCGUCAAGAUGUUCGCCUUCCCCGAGGCCAGAGAGGUGGCGGCCAGCUGCCGGCUGCGAGGGGACCCGGGGCUGUGUGUGGCCGAGCUGGAGCUGCUUCCCGAGUGGUUCAGCUCCGGGCUGGACCUGGAGCCCGAGGAGGAGAUCCCUGCCCCGCUGGGCGGCACCGCCAUGGAGCUCUUCUUCUCGCUCUACCCGGCCGACCAGGCCGGCCAGUGCCUGCUGGAGGAGGACGGCAAGUGGGAGAACAACAUCCACUCCGGCCAGGACGGCCCCCAGCAGGCGUCUCCGGCCCGGGAGAGGAUCGGGAGUGUGGUGGUCUACCCGACUCAGGACGACCUCAAGUGGUCCCUGGUGAGCCUGGACGAGAACGUCGUCGUCUCGGUGCCCCUGAACCUCGUCCGGGAAGGGGACACGGCCACCUUUUUGGUCUCCCUGACCAGUGGCUCUGUGGCAGACCACUUCACUCUCAGAAUUAAGGCAGCAGCAGGGGUGAGGAUAACGGCCGUUCGAGUCACCAGCGAGCAGCAGUGGGCAGUCCAGGAGGAAAUAGACAGCAGUGGCUCUCAGACCACGGCCACGCUCACGUGCGUGGGCCACCACCCGGACCCGCAGAGCAGGACAAAUGGCUCCUUCUACGAGAUCUUGCAAGUGGACUUCGGGGUCGACAACAGCAGCGGCCUGGCCGGGGCCCAGCCCAUCACCUGGCAAGUGGAAUACCCAGUGGAGGACUCCAUGAGCGAGCUGGCCGUCUCCGAGAUCUUUGUCAGCCAGACAUCCUUCGUGGGCAUUGUCCCUCUUGCGAUGGACACGGAGGUGCUGAACACGGCCGUCCUCACCGGGAAGGCCGUCUCGGUUCCCGUCAAGGUCGUGGCCAUUCAGGAGGACGGCUCCGUGGUGGACGUGUCCGCGGCUGUGGAGUGCAGGUCUGCGGAUGAAGACGUCAUUAAGGUUUCCAACCACUGUGACUCCAUUUUCGUGAACGGGAAGGAGGUGAGGAGCAAAGUGGACACGACCGUGAACUUCACCCACCAGCACUUCACGUCUCAGCUGGAAGUGACCGUGUGGGCGCCCAGGCUCCCCCUGCAGAUUGAGAUCUCGGACACGGAGCUGAGCCAGAUCAAGGGAUGGAGGGUCCCCGUGGCCUCCAACAGAAGGCCCACCCGGGAGAGCGAGGACGAGGAGGACGAGGAGAAGAAGGGGCGAGGCUGUUCCCUGCAGUACCAGCAUGCCACGGUGCGUGUCCUCACCCAGUUUGUGGCCGAGGCGCCCGACUUGAGUCAGCUGAGCUACAUGCUGGGCCCCGACUGGCAGUUUGACAUCACCGACCUGGUGACGGAUUUCAUGAAGGUGGAGGAGCCAAGGAUUGCGCAGCUGCAGGGCGGCAGGACCCUGGUGGGCCGGGAGCCGGGGAUAACCACCGUGCAGGUCCUCUCCCCGCUCUCUGACUCCAUCCUGGCCGAGAAGACGGUGAUCGUCCUGGAUGACCGCGUCACCAUCGCCGACCUGGGCGUGCAGCUGGUGGCUGGCUUGUCUCUUGCCCUGAAGCCUCACAGAGCAGACAAAAGAGCCAUCGUCUCGAUGGUGGCUGCCCAGGACGUUCUCCGAGCCCCGCAGCAGGAAGCAAUAGUCAGUUCUUGGAUUUUGUUCAGUGAUGGUUCGGUGACACCAUUAGACAUUUAUGAUCCCAAGGAUUUUUCAGUUACUGUGUCAUCAUUGGAUGAAAUGGUGGUGUCUGUCCAGGCAAACCUUCAGUCCAAAUGGCCGGUUGUGGUUGCACAGGGUGAAGGGCAAGGUCCCUUGAUUAAAUUAGAGAUGAUGAUUAGCGAACCCUGUCAGAAGACCAAGAGGAAGAGUGUUCUUGCCGUGGGUAAAGGAAACGUCAAGGUCAAAUUUGAACCAAAUGUUGAUGAGCACCUAGGAGGCACCAACGAUAUCGAGGGCAUCAGUCGGGAAUACAAAGACCACUUCGGUAAUUCCAUACAGCGUGAAGGAAACCAGGAGAGAGCGGUUCAGGAGUGGUUCCAACAUGGCGCCUCUGUUGGCCAGGAGGAACGUAGCAACAAAAGCACAACCCCACAGUACCCCCUGGAAGGAAAGGAUAAGAAGUUGCUCAAGAGUGGUGGUCCAGACUCCUUCACAAGCUUCCCCACUCAAGGGAAGUUACCGGAACCCAAUAAUCCCAGUGACCUUACAGUGACCUCAAGGGGGUUAACUGACUUGGAGAUCGGCAUGUAUGCUCUGCUCUGUGUCUUCUGCUUGGCCAUUUUGGUCUUCUUAAUCAACUGUGUGGCAUUUGCUUGGAAAUACAGACACAAAAGGUUCGCUGUGAGCGAACAAGGCAACAUCCCCCAUUCCCAUGACUGGGUCUGGCUUGGGAAUGAAGUAGAACUUCUGGAAAACCCCGUGGACAUCACCCUCCCGUCGGAGGAGUGCACAACCAUGAUAGACAGGGGGCUGCAGUUCGAGGAGAGGAACUUCCUUCUCAACGGCGGCUCCCAGAAGACUUUCCAUAGUCAACUACUCAGACCCUCUGACUAUGUCUAUGACAAAGACAUUAAAAGUGAGCCUAUAAACCCAUCGGGCCCAAAGAGGAAGAGAGUCAAGUUUACUUCCUACACCACCAUCCUCCCGGAGGACGGUGGCCCAUACACCAACUCCAUCCUGUUUGACAGUGAGGAUAACAUCAAGUGGGUCUGUCAGGACACCGGGCUGGGGGGCCCCCGGGACCUUAGAGACUAUAUGGAAAGGCUGCAAGACCAGAUGUGAACUCCUUUCUUACGUUUGUAUUCACCUUUAUGCCUUCUGUUUUUUGAACGGUGGAGCAGUGAGUUUGUUCAGCAAUAGGGGGUGAUUUAACAAAGGUUAACUUGUGGAGGUCUGGGAGGGAUCCCUUUCUGAGCAGGUGUCAGAGGCCCGGAGAGCUACAGCAGCUGGGUGAUAAGCCGGGAAAUGUCUCUAAAGCGGCCACACAUAGAUCCUGGAGAAGUUCUAAGACAACAGUAGUAUCUGCAACCUGAUACUAGCUCAGUUCAAAUACAAUAAACCUGACCCCACAGACGUUGUUAGUCAUCUCGCGACAAACGGCCGUGUGGAUUUAGAAAAGGCUUGGGUGUUGAUUUUUCUAUUCCUAGAACUUUUAAAGCACAGUGGACACUCCUUGCCCUUGGCCCGAGAUUGGACGUACGCGAAAGAUGCCGAAUGUAGCCGCCCUUAUUUGUUAUGAGCGCUGCUCGUUAUUUUUAUAUACAUUUGCACCUGCACCUGGUUUCCUUUGGCCUCUGGAAUUCUUUUUGAAACAUGAAGAAAAGCAGUUGUGGUCUUCUCUCUGAGAUGUUUGAUUUACACAUGAGUUUGAGUCGCUGACGUUUGCCGUGUCCGUGCAGGACGUCAGGUGUCCUCCAGUUUUCCACACUCCUUACCUAAGGGGCCAUAUCUGAGAAACUUAUCCUCACAACGUCCUUCCUUCUCUUUGUUGUGAAGCUUCCUUGUAUCAGGACUGGGGACAUGGGGUUUUACACAAAAUAUUAAUAUACUGUGAGGGAGGGCCAUCUCUUUACAGUUUUCUAUAUGAAGCUUAAAAACUUUGGUGAACACUUGUCAACCACAUUUAUUUUUUAUCUUCUGCCUGUGGAAGAUUCACGGGGAAUCCCUGGAGUGCAUUUCUGAGGGCUUUAGAAAAGACCCUGAAAUAGUUUGUCUUUAUACUGGUGCUUUCUGGUCAACGCAAUGUGUUAUCCAAAUGGAAAUCAAAAUCUUAAACUAAUAUACACAAAAAGGAAAUUGCAUGGGAAAUGCAUUCAGAUUAAACUUCCAUUUUACUGGAACAACCACCACAACAAUUUGAAAGUAGAGUGAUGUCUCCACUUAGCAAUAUGUAGAAAUCCUUCCAUACAAUGACCCCCCAACCCUUACCCCCCAAAACCCAUCAGUCGCGACUCUGGCAGAGAUAAAACCUACACAGGGUGUGCUCUGAUGGAGAAAAGCAAUGGGUUUGCCCCCAAACAGCACAAAAUAAACGGCCGUUCAAGAGUUUAAGCGGUUAUGCUGAAAAAAACCAUAGCUAUUGGAAAGUCAAAGUGGCAAUAGGAAAAAAAAAGCAUGGCCCCUGCAUAAUUUUUAAAUACAAAAAUAUUUUUCAAGGAAUUGCAUGAACGGCUUCAAGCAAAGCAAGAAUUUCAGGUUAGAUUAGAAUUUCUCACACUCACAAGAACAUUCUACUGAGAUGGGAUAGAGGUGAAGACGGACAGUGCACUAGGCCACCAAUUCCGAGCUUUCUGGUGCCACUUACGUCCCUAGGAAAUAGAAAUUUAAAGUCCAGGGCAGCAAAGGCGCGGGGAAGCGGUUUCUUGACUCCUCACGGCUGCUGAGCAAGCUGUUAGAAUGAGAGGCGUUCGGUUGUUGUUGGGAAGCGUUCCGUGCGUGGGGGCAGGACAGCCCAGCCUCCUCUGACCUGUGUCUCCUGCCCACAGCACUGCGGUGGGUUUGUAAACCGUGCAUACGUUACCAGGGACGUGGACCUGAUGUUGAGAGGCCAGUGUUCAGUUGAUCUUGUGUUUAAGUUGGGGGUUGAGGAGUGAAGCUGGUAAAGUUGCAAAAAAAUCUUUCAACUCGGUGGGUGAACGAAGCCAGGAGACCCAGGCGUUAGCUUCAGAGGGAGUUCGCAAAGAGAUGGCUGACGUCUGGCAGGAAGGGCACCUCAGGGAGCCUGGGAAGACUGUCACCAGGGGUUCGAGGCAGGGGAGGUGGCUCGGAGCUAGCUGGGGAGGCCAAAAGGAAGUUCACACGCUAAUGCAGCAUAGCUGUCUAAAUGAGCCCCACUCCUCUGUAAGACGUUCUCAAUUUUCUCUCCCUUUGGAUCUUCAGCAAAAUCCCCAAAAUAAUGGGGAUUUCAUGUCUGAAACGGAGGACAUUCAGCUG